AUGAUGUUCACAGAGAAAGACGAUGGCAACGAGGGAGUGGUACUCAAUGCAAAGCUGAAUGAGAAUGCUUUGUCACAGGGCCAGAAGCAACUGUUUGGUCUGGCAAGGGCGCUGCUGAAGGAGAGUAAGUUUUUGCUCCUGAAUGGGCCAAUGAGCAGAUGCUAUUGUCUGGACGCGGACACAGACAGCAAGGUACAGACUGUCAUACGGCAAUCAUUCCGCGAUUGGACUGUCAUUAUGAACCUACAACUCUACUUGACUUUGAUCGGGGGGGUUGUCUUGAAUAAUGGACGAGUCAUCGAAGCAGGACGGCCAUGUGAGUUGAUAGACAGACCGGGCGGUACAUUCUUGAAGCUGCUGGGGCUUGAAUCGCGAAUGAAGAUCCGGCCUUGGUGGUAG